CGCAGGAGAAGGCGGAGGGGAAACCAAAAAGGGGGGGGCAGGAUGGCGGCGGGGCCGACGCGGCCCUCCCGGCCCCGCAAGGAACCGCAGCCGCUGGUCAUCCCCCGGAGCGCAGCGGACGAGCAGCGUCUGAAGCUGGAGAGGCUCAUGAGGAAUCCGGAUAAGACAGUUCCAAUUCCUGAAAAGCUCAAUGAAUGGGCACCCCGUCCGCCUCCAGAAUUUGUCAGAGAUGUUAUGGGUUCCAGUGCUGGGGCUGGCAGUGGGGAAUUCCACGUCUACCGACACCUUCGCCGGCGAGAAUACCAGAGGCAAGAUUUUAUGGAUGCCAUGGCUGAAAAGCAAAAACUGGAUGAGGAAUAUCAGAAGAAGCUAGAAAAGAACAAGAUUGUUGCGGAAGAACAGACAGCCAAGCGCAGAAGGAAACGGCAGAAGUUGAAAGAGAAGAAAAUGCUGGCGAAGAAGAGUAAGCUUGAACAAAAGAGCGAACAUGCAGAUUCUGACCAUUCCCCAAAGCAGCAGAACCAGUGA